AGGGAACAAUUGACAAGCAGUUUUAUUCACUAUAUAUAAACGUGGCCUAAAGCAGUUCGGAAAACUUCCACUUGGGCGGCCUGCGACUGCACCCUCUCUUUCCGGCUCCUAGGGAGACAUCGUAGGAGCAGGGGGCAGGUGUGGAGGAGAGGGUGAAAUCCGCUUUCCUUCUGACUGUGCGGGCAGUCUUUGAGGCUUUUCCUGGUGAGACCGAGUGCGUUACUGAGGAAAACGCCGCACCCUAAACUGCCUUGAGGGAAGCUGUCAAACCCAGAAGCACGAAAAAGAUAAAGGUGGAGCGCACACGUUUUCCUGGCUGGAAGUGAGCGGCUUCUGAACCUCGACCUUCCGGACGGGGUCAGGCAGCAGCUCCGGCCACCGCCCCAAAUUCCAUCUCCCACCAGGGAACCUGAAGCUCCCGCACUUGGGACUGGCGGCGGCCGGGUCGACUAGGCCUGGUUGCUCCCAGGCGUCGCCGGGAUCCCGGCGCCCCCAAAGCUCUUCGGUCUUCCCAGACCAGAACCCGAACCACCCCCUCGGGGUCCCCUCUCCGCCUCCGCCCACCACGCCUGGUCCGAGAGUUCACAGCCAGGGGCCCCGCCUACCUGAGGGUCCGGGCCCCGCGGACGCGUGCAGGUGAAGCACUUCCGCCAAACGCACGCACUUCCGACCGCCUGGAGCCAAUGAGGGCGCGGCUACGAGUGUUACCGUCACUGGUAUCCGGGUUGCGGACUGUCUCCCGGAGGACUCGGGCCAGUAGCGUGAGUUACAAUUUGGUUGUGAAAUCGCAGUUCUAAGUCCAACACAGAAGAGAAGUUGACACACAAGUUGGAAUGGUUCCAAUGGCCUACUGUGCAAAACUAUUCAGAUUCAUAGAAUUUCCUUUGUAAAAACACUAAGAGAGGGGUCGGAGGUUUCCUUUUAGAUCAGCAACUUCAAAUUCUCAGCAUGGAAAACUCAGAGAGGACGGAAGUGGUUCUCCUUGCUUGUGGCUCCUUUAAUCCUAUCACUAAUAUGCACCUCCGGCUGUUUGAGCUGGCCAAGGACUACCUGAAUGGAACAGGAAAAUAUAAAGUUAUCAGAGGCAUAAUUUCUCCCGUCGGGGAUGCAUAUAAGAAGAAAGGACUCGUCUCUGCCCAUCACCGAGUUAUCAUGGCCAAACUCGCCACCAAGAACUCAAAAUGGGUGGAAGUUGAUACAUGGGAAAGUCUUCAGGAGGAGUGGGUGGAGACUGCCAAGGUGCUGAGGCACCAUCAAGAGAAGCUAGAGGCCAGUAGCUGUGAUCACCAGCAGGAUUCACCUGUACUGAACAGGCCAGGACGGAAGAGGAAGUGGACUGAACAAAGACAAGAUUUUAGUCAGAAGAAAUCCGCAGAGCAAACAAAAACAAAAGGUGUGCCAAAGGUGAAGUUGCUGUGUGGAGCAGAUCUGUUGGAGUCCUUCGGGGUCCCCAAUCUGUGGAAGAGCGAGGACAUCACCAAAAUCGUGGGAGACUAUGGGCUCAUAUGUAUCACCCGGGCUGGAAAUGACACUCAGAAGUUCAUCUAUGAAUCCGACGUGCUGUGGAAACAUCAGAACAACAUCCACCUGGUGAACGAAUGGAUCACCAACGACAUCUCAUCCACGAAGAUCCGGCGAGCCCUCCGCAGGGGCCAGAGCAUCCGCUACUUGGUCCCGGAUCUUGUCCAGGAGUACAUUGAAGAGCACGGUCUCUACAGCUCCGAGAGCGAAGAGAGGAAUGUUGGCAUCAUCCUGGCUCCUUUGCAGAGGAACACCGGGGGCACUGACGCAUGAGCAGCCACACUGGUAUGGACGUUCCUAGGACAGGGAUUGAAUUCAAGCUGAAGCUUCGGGAACUCCCAGAUCCCUUCGUCUUUAAAACAAGAGAUUAGCAGCACUAAAAUCCGAAGAGAAUCAAACUAACUGCAAAAAGAAUUCAAAAAGGACAUUCUAGGAGUUCCCUUGUGGCACAGUGGGUUAAAAAUCUGGCAUUGUCCUUGCCUUGGCUCAGGUAGCGUCUGCAGUAUGGGCCAUCCCUGGCCCCAGGAACUUCCAUUUGCUGUGGGCGUAGCCAGAAAGAAACAAACCAAAAAGGACCUCCUGGCUUGACCACACAGCGAAGUCAAGUGCGAAAAGCGUCCAUUUAAGAUCCUACCUUUAGUUAUGAAAGGAACGAGCAUUUUAUGCAUACCUAUUGCCAGGCCAAAGAAUUCUUAAAAUAGCUUGUAAAAUGCCUAACCGACCCAUCGUCUCCAGCUGUGUGCACUGCAGGCUGCGAAUGGCCUGGCAGAAACUUUACACCAACGGUUCCUGGUGUCUGGCAUACCUCAGAAGGUCAGCGAAGCUUGGCUGAGGCACAUUGGCCUGCAGCCCCAGCUUUGGAGGGAGGGGAGGGUCCAGUCCCCGAAUGUUUAGAAAGGUGCCCAGGUGUUUCGGAGCCCACGAGAGGUAGAGGGCCUUCUGCGUGUUGUGCACAUUCUCUUAGCACAGCCCCGACGUGGCUCACAUGCCAGCCCUGCCCUCCACCAUCUUCCUGUAUCUUCAGGAACAGCUUCAGAGGGGACCUUGUGCUCCCCGAAACAGGCGGCAGAGAAUGAGACCUCAUUCAGGGCUUGUAUGAAAUGUGAAUGCUUUUAGCCUUUCCUGAGAACUUGAAAGCUGAAUGGACUUGAGCAAUGCCACCCUGGAUCAGCCCGGGAGCUCCUUUAGCCCAAGAUUUCGGGCCCUGAUGAGUGGCUUGUGGUCGAGAAAGCUCCAUGAUGUCAAUCCAAACUCUCAAGCUUCUGAAGAGUCCUGCUGUUUCUCUUCCAGCUGCUGUGAGUCUGCCGUUGGUGAAUUUCAGCAGAACUGUUUGCCUUUUCUCUUCUUGUCCUUUUGCAUGAACUUUAACCAAAGUAGACCACUCAGAUAAUAACCCAAAGCAUCGCUUUAUGUGAAAAGCACAAACUUAUUCUAUGGUUUGCUACUGAUUAAAACGUUGUGGAAGUUUUACCAAUUAGUAAAGCAAGAUGACCAGAAGGAGCCUUUUCUAGAAUAGUUUUAUGGUUCCCAAGCAUCAUUUUGAGAUUGAAACAGGGCUAAAGUUACAUUUCUUUUUUUUUUUUUUCUUGCGGCAUAUGGACGUUCCCAGGCUAGGGGUCAAAUCAGAGCUACAGCUGCUGGCCUACACCACAACUCACAGCAAUGCCAGAUCCUUAACCCACUGAGCGAGGCCAGGGAUCGAACCCAUAUCCUCAUGGACACUAGUCAGGCUCAUUACUGCCGAGCCACAAUGGGAACUUCCUAAAGUUUAAUUUCUAAAGAAAAUUAAAUAAUUACCUUUACAUACCUACACCUAAUACUUCACAUUUCUAACUAUACCCUUCUAGAUGAAGGAUUUCUACCUCUGCAGAAGGGAAAAAAAAAAAAAAAACACUUACACCAGUGCAAUCAGAUAGUUAGAUCUGAAACCACAGUUUUAAAAAGUGUUAAAUAAAGUUGACAAAUGUAAA